AACGGUCGAACCACACGCACAUUUUUUGUUUCGGUUAUUUUGGCGGUAGAAACAUGCGCGAGGAACAGAGCGCACAUUCUAUGUGAGAAAGAAACAUAUACACGGAGAAAUGUGUGUUCGUAGUUUCGUACUAAUUGUAUUAAAUAUAUGUAAUGUACUAAUUUAUGUUUAGAGUGGUUAAUCAUUUUAUUUUGCUAUUUGGACUAUACCUUUAGUUAUCAGAUAUUAAUAGCUUUAUAAGAAGAAAGAUAUAAAUAAGAAUCAUAGAACUUUAAGUGUUACUAUAACGCGAAAAUUAUAGUUUUUGUAAAAAUGUCAAAUAUUUAAAAUAUUAUUGAAAAUGGCUAAACGAAAAAGUUUAAACAAACGUCGGUCUAGAUACAGUUCUGCUAUUUUAAAUUCCGAUACGGAUAUUUUUGGUGAUGAAUACCCAUACUGGUGGAAAAAGUUGGAAGACACUUCGUUAACGCAACUAUCAACUGAUUCGAAAAUUUUAAAUCAAACUAGUCGUCAUUUAGAUUCUAAUUCACAAAUAGAAACAAGCCAGGUUACAGGUGAAUGGUGGAAAAUAUUAGACGUUUCAAGUAUUCCAAAUUCUCCCAAAAUAAACGAAGAUGUCGUAGAAAAAAAUUCAGCUAACAAUGUACCGAUGUCAGAAUCUGAAGAAGAACUUGAAAUUGCAAAAAGCAAGCAUCAUUUGCGUUCAAAGGCAAGAAAAAGCAAGGAUAAUAUUUUUUUGAACGUUUUAAAUGAUUCUGUAACAACCAAGUCAGACGUUAAAAAGGAUAAUAAUAAUGUAAUAACGUCGGAAUCCGAGGAAGAACUUGAAAUUGCAAAAAGCAAGCAUCAUUUGCGUUCAAAGGCAAGAAAAAGCAAGGAUAAUAUUUUUUUGAACGUUUUAAAUGAUUCUGUAACAACCAAGUCAGACGUUAAAAAGGAUAAUAAUAAUGUAAUAACGUCGGAAUCCGAGGAAGAACCGGAAAUUGCAAAAAAGAGACAUCCUCUGCGUUCAAAGGCAAAACAAAGCAGAGAUAAUAUUUUUUUGAAUGUUUUAGAUGAUUCUAUGACAACUACGUCAGAAGUUACACAGAAAAAUAAUAAUGUAGUAACGUCGGAAUCUGAAGAAAAACCUGAAAUUGCAAAAAGGAAAUUUCCCUUGCGCUCUAAGGCAACAGAAAGCAAACAUAAUAUUUCCUCGAAUGUCUUAAACGAUUUUAUAAUAACUAAGUCAGAUGUUAAAAAGAAAAAUAAUAAUGUAGUCACUUCAGAAUCCGAGGAAGGAUCUAAAAUUGCAAAAGAGAAAAAUCUUUUGCAUUUAAGGGCAAAAAGAAGCAAAGGCAAUAUUUUCUUGAAUGUCUUAAAUGAUUCUAUGACAACUAGAUCAGAAGUUAUAAAGAAAAAUAGUAAUAUAGUAACGUCGGCAUCUGAAGAAGAGCUUGAAAUUGCAAAAUGCAAAUACCAUUUGCAUUCAAAGGCAAGAAAAAGCAAGGAUAAUAUUUUUUUGAACGUUUUAAACGAUUCUGUAACAACCAAGUCAGACGUUAAAAACAAAAGUAAUAAUAUAAUAACGUCGGAAUCAGAGGAAGAACCGAAAAUUGCAAAAAAGAGACAUCCUCUGCGUUCAGAGGCAAAACAAAGCAGAGAUAAUAUUUUUUUGAAUGUUUUCGACGAUUCUAUGACAACUACGUCAGAAGUUACACAGAAAAAUAAUAAUGUAGUAACGUCGGAAUCUGAAGAAGAACCUGAUAUUGCAAAAAGGAAAUUUCCCUUGCGUUCUAAGGCAAUAGGAAGCAAAGAUAAUAUUGGUUCGAAUAUAUUAAACGAUUCUGUGACAACUACGCCAGGAAUUGCACAGAAGACUAAUAAUAUACUAACGUCGGAAUCCGAAGAACCUAAAAUUGCAAAAGGAAAAUAUCUUUCGCGUUCUAAGGUAACAGAAAGCAAAGAUAAUGUUUUUUCAAAUGUUUUAGAUGAUUCUACGACAACUAAGUUAAAAGUUAUGCAGAGAAGUGGAAAAAAAAGUUCUAAGAGUAAUUCUGCAUCAAAUAGCGAAACAGUUGCUAACAUUGAACAAUUAAACAAGAUACAAGGAUAUAGUUUGAAUCACAGUCAAAAGACUGAUGAUAUUUCAAAACUAAAGUCUAAUAUUUCAAAGAAUAAAAAUAAUGAGUUACAAAUGGCAACAAACUACUUAGUUCCUACAACAACCGAAACAUCAGUUUCCAGCGAAACAGAGUCGAAUCGGUGUGCAUUAAAUUUUGAGGAUGAUUCUAUACAUUUUGCGAUGCCAAAAGCACAGAGUACAAUACUCGAAGGUAGUAGUUUGUCUGUACAUAGUAGCGCUAAGGAAAGCAAUAACAAUGACACAUACCAUAAAAUAUUAAAAUGGAAAUCAAAGUUGUUAACAAAUAAUAAUAAGAAUGCAAAGAAGAAUUUAUUUGAAACUGUACUUGAAGAUCAAGAAAGUACUAUUAAAAUAGGAGAAAAUGCAACAGCCGAUGGAAUAGCAGAACAUUCACUGAAAUCAUCAAAGGUCUCUGAAGCACUACAUCUUUCUCGAUUGCCGUCUUCUCCUUCCAAAAAAGCAAUUUCGUCUCCUUCCAAAAAAGCAAUUCCGUCUCUUUCUAAAAAAGCAAUUCCGUCUCCUUCCAAAAAAGCAAUUUCGUCUCCUUCGCGACAUUCAACGGUGGUCAAAACGUGUACAAACACACAUAGCGUGGAGCCAAAAGGCCAGACAAGCAUCAGGCACUUUUUGAUGUCGGAUAAAACAUUGCCGACAUUGCAAAUGUUUUGGGAUAAAGAGAAAGUAGAUGGAAUAAAACGAGAAUUAGAGAGGGUGAAGGAACGAGAAAUAGCUCGUAUGAAAAUAGAUAGAAACAAGCAAGAAGUUCAAAAGAAGUUGCCUUUGCGGGAAGAAAAAAUAAAGAAAAUUGAGAAAAAUACGAAGUCGACAUUGCAGAAUCAACGUCCUAUGAAACAAGUCCAUAAGGCUUUUUUGGUGAAUGGGCGAGCGUACAGAGCCCCUCGGCUUCCCCGUCCCCAAUACUGGAUUACCGAUCGUCUUUAUAAAUACUUGUGGAAGUGUAUGGAACCGAGAUUCAAGUUGGAAACUAGAGUGGUUUCUGAAAAAUUUAUACAUCAGUUGUCGAGUGUAACAACGUUGAUCGCCAAACGUAAAUCAUACUUGAAUUAUAAAGCUGAAUUGUACGCGUUGAUGAAAGAAAUGGCACGGCUUGAUAUUAUUCAUACUCGAAACGAUUUUUACAAUUUUUGUCAUGAUUUCUUUCCCUAUGAGCUUCGCGUUAAAACAGUGCCAAUGUUAUUACCUGGAAACAAGAGAAAUAUACCAUACGACGCGGACACACUGCACAAACCUCUUCUAGUCCCUUGAACUGUUUGUUGUACAUGACGCUGUUACAUUUAACGCGAUUCAUACCACAGAAUGUAAAUAAAUAUAUUUUCGUUAUGUUCAAAGGAAGGAAUCGGUCCAAUUUAUUUCGUAUCAGAAGGUUACUUACAUUUUAUGCCCUAAUUAAAGUGAUCAUUUUUCUCCAUUGAAUCUCUGUACGUAGAAUGCAAAAAGUAUUUAUAAAUAAUAUCGAAUAAAAUGUAGAUGUACA